CGGGUCUGCUUCGUAAGGCGAGUUUUUACCACUGCAACACAAAGAACAGCGGAGCGCGCUUUCACAUCGUCGCAACUCCACUCACUUGACCAGCCCUACACUUCAGCACCACGGAGAGCGUCACCUCCUCGGCUACCACCCAUGGGGAGCCAGAUUCUCGCGACUCAGCACCGGAUCCCGGUCCACUAGAGGAGGGACGAGCCUGCGUAUUUUACCCUCAAUGUUGGGGAGCAGCACCUUCAAAAACAUGCAGCGCCGGCACACGACGCUGAGGGAGAAGGGUCGCCGCCAGGCCAUCCGCGGUCCCGCCUACAUGUUCAACGAGAAGGGCACCAGCCUGACGCCCGAGGAGGAGCGCUUCCUGGACUCGGCUGAGUAUGGCAACAUCCCGGUGGUCAGGAAAAUGCUGGAGGAGUCCAAGACCCUCAAUUUCAACUGCGUGGACUACAUGGGGCAGAACGCGCUGCAGCUGGCCGUGGGCAACGAGCACUUGGAGGUCACGGAGCUGCUGCUCAAGAAGGAGAACCUGGCGCGGGUGGGGGACGCGCUGCUGCUGGCCAUCAGCAAGGGCUACGUGCGCAUCGUGGAGGCCAUCCUCAACCACCCGGCCUUCGCUCAGGGCCAGCGCCUGACGCUCAGCCCUCUGGAGCAGGAGCUGCGCGACGACGACUUCUACGCCUACGACGAGGACGGCACGCGCUUCUCCCACGACAUCACGCCCAUCAUCCUGGCGGCCCACUGCCAGGAGUACGAGAUCGUGCACAUCCUGCUGCUCAAGGGCGCACGCAUCGAGCGGCCCCAUGACUACUUCUGCAAGUGCAGCGAGUGCACCGAGAAGCAGCGGAAGGACUCCUUCAGCCACUCGCGCUCCCGCAUGAACGCCUACAAAGGACUGGCGAGUGCCGCCUACCUGUCCCUGUCCAGCGAAGAUCCUGUCCUCACAGCGCUGGAGCUGAGCAACGAGUUAGCCCGGCUGGCCAACAUUGAGACUGAAUUCAAGGUAACGCCCUCUCACCACCCUGCAGGCAGACUGACCAAGGGGCUCGUCCACGUGCGUUCCGCAGCAAAGGGGGUUGUCUGCUGCUCUAAGAAAGCGUGGAGGCCUCGGGGUCUUGCUGUUCAGGGUCACGGGGAGGAAGGGUGA